AUGCAAAGCUCUCAAGCAAACCCACAUUUACAUCCUCAAUCUUUCCCUCCUUACAACAAUACUCAGCAGAACAAUCAUCAGACCAGCACUUACCACCAUCCAACCUAUACAUUCACCAGAUAUACGCCUCCUAUCACUCACAAUCAGUUACCCACUCCUCAACAUGCCCCGCUUCACACCGGUAGCCCUUUGUCUCACAAUCAGCCUUGCCAUCAACAUGCCCUGAUUCACACCGGUAGCCCUUUGUCUCACAAUCAGCCUGUCUGUCAGUGUGGACCAACUCCUCCCACCGGUAGCCCUUUGUCUCACAAUGGUUCUCAACAAACUUUCAGCCAUCCAUAUCCAAGUAACUUCAGUCAACUUCCUCCGAGUACUUCUAGCCAACCUCCUCCAACUACUUUUCAUCUGAACUCUCCUCAUCAGCAACAAAUUUGCCCGAUCAUGUUGUCCAGCCCCUCGAUUGAGCUCCUGUCAAAUCAAUCACUUAUCAAACAGAGCGGCCAUCUGAACUCUCCUCAUCAGCAACAAUUUUGCCCAAUCACGUUGUCCAGCCCCUCGAUCGAGCUCCUGUCAAGUCAAUUACCUAUCAAACAGAAGGCCCUAUCUCGGGCAAAGGCCCCAUCUUGGGCAAAGGCUUCAUCUCAGGCAAAGGCUCCAUCUCAGGCCAAGUUGUCAAAAUGGCAUGGUCCACCUUUAGAAAGACAGGAUUAUUUGAAUAUAAUCGAGUAUCUCUCAAACCCUAACAAUUACAAUGUCUUAUUUGGAGCUGGAAAGAAAACAGCGGUCAAGGGUCAAUCAUUGGGUUCUGCUGGGACUUGGGACGUUUUUGCAACUCAUAUCAACUCACUUUACAAUCAGCGCACAAAAUCAAACCUUAUGGGUCUUUGUGGAAGCGAUCUUUGGCUACGCUUUGGCAGAUUCUGCCGUAUGUAUGUUGCUGCAAAGCGCGGCAUGAAUUCCACCGGCUCAGGUGUAACCGAUCAAGACCGAGCCAAUGGUGUCAACUUAAACGCUGUCAAAGACGAGAAUAGUUGUGCUUGUUUUGCAGAGAUGGAUGCGCUAUUUUCGGAAAAAGCAAACAUCACUGCGAUGGAUACGAUGGACAGCUGUCUAAUGGAUGUUGAAAUGGAUGAUGAUUGUAACUCCGAUUCAGACCCUGAAUCAGACUCACACUCUGUUUGUUUCAUUCACACUUCUUCGUUAGCCAACUUAUUGGAAGGAGGUCAUGACCAAUUAGCAGCGGACCAAACUCCAGUCCUCCACCUUCAAAUCAACCAACUCAAGAGUCUGCUGAAAAAUUCCACAACCCCUCUACCGCCAAUUGCCGCAUCCGCUAAAGAGUCAAAGAACCCUUUGGCACAGGCUCUCUUGGCUAUCAGCCAGUCAAAGGCCCGAAUGUACGAAGCUACUAACAAAAGGGAGCUUGAUAUAGAAGAGUGUAUGUUACAAAAUGAAUCAAAAAGGUUGAUGAAUGAGGACUAUCGGAUGUUGCGGGAGAUGGCCCUUGAUAAAGAGAAGAAAGAGCAAGAAGAGAAGAAGCAGAAUUGGCAAGAACUCCAGCGGUCCUCACAGCUUGCUUGGGACAAAUAA